GGUGGGCGGCCCAGUGCCCUGGGCUCCGAGCGCUGCCCGGCUCCCCGGCCCCGCUCUCUGCCCGGGUGGGAGGGAGGCUGCGGCCAUGGAGCUCGCGGGGGCCCUGCAGCUCGGGGAGCUGGCGGCCGCCUUCGCCCGGGUGCCCGUCUUCCCGCUCUUCGACCUGGGCUACUUCAUCGUCUCCAUCCUCUACCUCAAGUACGAGCCAGGAGCUGUUGAGAUGUCCCAUCAGAGCCCUGUUGCCUCAUGGCUUUGUGCUAUGCUUCAUUGCUUUGGAAGUUAUAUUCUUGCUGAUAUGUUACUUGGGGAAGCUCCUAUUGAUUAUUUCAGCAAUAACUCUAGUGUGCUCCUGGCCACGGCAGUAUGGUAUUUGAUUUUCUUCUGCCCCAUGAACCUCUUCUACAAGUGUGUCAGCUUCUUGCCUGUGAAGCUCAUCUUUGUGGCAAUGAAGGAGGUGGUUAGAGUUCGUAAAAUUGCUAUUGGAGUCCACCAUGCUCACCACCAUUACCACCAUGGGUGGUUCAUUAUGGUGGUUACUGGCUGGGUCAAAGGUUCUGGAAUUGCCUUGGUGUCUAAUUUUGAGCAGCUGCUGCGUGGAGUCUGGAAGCCAGAAACAAAUGAAAUUCUUCAUAUGACCUUCCCAACAAAAGCCAGUCUGUAUGGAGCAAUCCUCUUCACCUUGCAGCAGACUCACUGGCUCCCCAUCUCUAAAGCCAACCUCAUCUUCUUCUUCACCAUGUUUAUGAUUGUUUGCAAGGUGUUUAUGACUGCAGCUCACUUGCAUACCUCGCCGUUUGCUCCAAUAGAAGGCUUCAUCUGCCCAGUACUCUUUGGCUCCGUUUCUAGUGGGUACAACAGUCACCAUGACCACCAUGAGGAUUCCCAUGAUACUUCCCCUCCUGCGAAAUCUAAGGAGGAGCUGAAUGAAGGCACACGGAAACGGAAAGCGAAAAAGGCUGAAUAAGUGAGAUCGGAUACACGUGGUGAACAAGCCAAGGAAGAAUCCCUCAGAGCUGCAUUGAAAUCAUCUUCAAGCCACCUAUGACCUCACAUACCCUCCAAUUCCUGAGACUUCAAAAGAGAGAGAUGGAAAUCAGGACACUGCCAGAUGGAUCCCUGAAUUUCAUCCAUGCGCUUCGCCCUGCUGCUAGCUUCAUGAUCUUUGUCUCUACAUCUAAUCCCCUAUUUUAGAGCAGGGGGGUUAAAUUUGUGCCAGGCUGAGGUUUGGGUACAAGUUCCCAGCCCACCAGCAAUUAUGACAGCAUUUUGUUACUAUACAAUUCCUACUGCCCUCCUGUUCCCUGCCCCCCCCAACACAUCAUUGAAGGGGCUUUCUUGUGUUCCUCCAACUCACAAAUUCCUUUUGAUUCCCUUAAAAAGAAAAGGAAAUAGUUAGAAACAACUGAAUAUGGAAAUUGGAUUUUUCAGCAAAAGAGUAAAUUAUCUCCUGUGAAGCUGAGCUAAUGCAUUUCAUCUCCCAUACUUGCAAAGUACCCCAUGAUGUAGGGCUUCAAAUUAAUAUGGCAUAUUUUAUAUGCCUGAUGGGCCUGGCCAAGUACCACUUGGGUAAUUACAUUUUUCUCAUCUAAAUUCCCCCUGCAAUUCUUAAUUGAUACAACUUCUUCACUUCCUUAACAUAAUGUUUACACAUGUUUUGAAGAUGUAAAAUGCUAUAAGUGUUCUAUAUUCAUACUGUUACUAUCUUACACUGUUGGGUAGUCUUGUUUGCUGUUAA